AUGUAUCCACAACAAUAUCCAGCUGCGGAAGCACCUUCACUUCCAUACUCAGUGCCAAUAGGUUCUAAUUCAUUGCAAGGAACAAACGAUGAUCGCAUGAGAAAAUUUCAAUAUCUCGUCGAUCGAUAUGAAAUUAAUCGCGAAUUCGCAACAAGAUUACGAGGAUUAGAAGGCUAUGAAAUUGCAUUUAUAGUUGAUGAUGUUUUCUUUUUAAAUCGUCAGCCACUGCGUAAUAUCACGAGUUCCGAACAACUCACUCCAGCAUUUGUUCUUCCACCAGCUGGGCCGACACCUAUCGCUCGUAUCUUAAGACAUGUUUUACAAGAAAAACGACUUGAAAUUCAAGAACGAAAACUUUUGAUAUUAAUUGCUACAGACGGUGUACCAACUAAUGACAGUGGACACCACGAUAUCAAAACAUUAGAACAUAUACUUCGCAACGAACGUAAUCCAAUUAAUCGCAUUCCAGUUACAUUUAUCGCUUGUACAGAUGAUGAGGAAUCGAUUGGUUAUCUUAACAAAUGGGAUAAGAAAAUAUCCAAUAUCGACGUUGUUGAUGAUUACAGAUCAGAACGAGAAGAAAUUCAAAAAGUUCAAGGAAAAAAAUUUCCUUUUAGUUUUGGUGAUUAUGUUGUGAAAAUAUUGAUGGGUGCUAUUGACAAUUGGUUUGAUACACUUGAUGAACAUCGUGUGAAUAGUAAUAUUCCACCUGAUCGACUUGCACACAAAGGGAAAAAGAAAAAUACAUGUUCGAUUGUAUAA